CUGAACAUCUCACACAUGAACUGGAUGGACUCAUUAUUCCAGGUGGUGAGAGCACCACGAUUAGUAUUUAUCUGAAAAGAAACGAAAUGGAAGAACCUUUGAGAAAAUGGAUUCAAAACGAUCGUCAUGUUCCCGGGGGGCUUUGCGCAGGAAUGUUUUCUUUUUUCGAGAAGGGAACUGAAAACCCAAAAAAAUUGGGUGGGCAAUCUUGGCUUGCAAUAAUGAAUACUGAAGUGUCACGGAACUAUUUUGGACGUCAAGUACACAGUUUCGAAUCUUCAAUUCAGUUACAGGACAGUGAGCUGAAAGAAAUAGUGAAAAAUGACACAUAUCCUGGGAUUUUCAUACGGGCACCUGCCAUUGUGAAAUGUCAUCUACCGGAAGUUAAGAUUCUGGCAACGUUACGGAAGAAUGAUGAGACCGUUAUUGUUGCUGCGCAACAAGGGAGUGUUAUUUCAACAGCAUUUCACCCCGAACUUACAGAAGAUUGUUCUUGGCAUUUGUACUUUCUUAAAACAAUACUUAAUAUUAAACCAAAGUGAUAUUGAUGAAUCUUGUUACAUUUUUAAUGAUAUGUAAUAAAAUAUUUUAGUAUAAAAAUACAGCGAACUUGAACAGUUAUUCAAUACAAGUUUAUUUAUGUAAUAAAAAAGACAAAAACAAUUUUUGUUACACUGUUACAGAAUUAAAUAAUUGUUCAUAACA